CUGGCCCCAAUCUCAAUUGUCUUGAUCAGUCAAGUACGUCCCAUGCCAAACAUCCUACGCCGAUGGCACCCGUACAAAUAUCGCCGAACGAACCACGGCUACCGCUGUCCCCUCUUCCGACCGAAAUACUUACUCGAGCACCUGGACCCAUUGCAACUUUUUUUGCAAGAGUCCACUGAAUUGCAAGACGAGUUUAACACCUUCAUUAUGCGAAACUUGCUAACUUUCAUGCACUUGCGGGGCACAAAUUGGAGAUUUCCUGAAGAAUUCCUUCAAUUCGAGAAUCACAAUUCAAUGCGACUCUUGGGGAUUGUAAAACUGGAAUUUGAAUAUAGCUCGCCUUGGGAAUUCUAUCGAUCGAUCCUCCCUUUCAAUCAGUCUAUCUUCAAACAUUAUGGCCAUCUCUCUGAUGUCCGGGUCUUCUCCAUUCUUGACAAAUUCUCUGGUGGCACCAUCUCAUUAAGCGAGGAUUUACUCAGGGCCCAAAUGACCAUGCGGGCAAAGCUGAGUGAACUACCAAGGACGGUGGUGGACGAAUGGGGAACUCGGUGUCAUCGAAGUUGCCGAUAUCAACGAUCAGCGUACGAUCUGCCGGUUGCAGCGUGAUCCAGGCAAUCCCCCUGCCUGGAUCAAAUUUGUCUACAGC